AUGGACGAUUCGGGAAAUGAAUCGAGUCGAAAUGGCCGAUACGCGACGAGAACGACCGGGAAAACGGCGCCGGCGACCGAGGCCGGCCGUGGGACCGGCGCGAAGGACGGAGGCAGCAACGGCGGCGACGCGGCCGCGGCGCUCCAUCACGUCUCGCAGCUUCUAGGUGACUACCGCGCAGAGUUCGCGGGGUUCAAGCAAAUGAUCCGUGGGCAGAGCGACGUUAUCCGCACCCAGCAAGAAACGAUCCAAGACUUGAAAGAGACGUCCCAGGAACAGAAACAACUCAUCCGGGUCCUGACGCUCGCGCUGGAGGACACAAAGCAGCAGAUGGGCGAGGAGCUCAAGGCACUGCACGACAAACUCGACGCCGUCGCUGCUCGGGCACCCGCUACCCCGCCGCGAUUGUUCGCCGCCGUAGUGCAGUCGCAACGGACGUCCCAGCCCGCAACGGCUGCGCCCGACAGAGCGUUCAACACCUCUCCUGCCAGCGAGCUCUAUUGCACAAUCGACACGUCGCGAGUAGAGGAAGCGAAUCGCGACCAGGCCCAGGUCGGGGCCGUCCGACAGGCCAUAGAAUUGGAGAUGAGGGCCAGGGACGGCCUAGCAACGUGGCGGUGCGCGGCGGUCCUGAAGGACGCUCGGGCUGCGGAGCGCAUCAAGAUAAUCUGCAGAGACGAAAACGAAUUGAGCCAGGUCAGGGAGGCUGCGCAGAAGACAGCCGUCGUCGGCGCGCGAGUCAUGCGCGAUCAGCUCUUUCCAGUGAAGGUCGACAAUGCGAACAGGAGCAUGGUGCUGGACGCAGAAGGGACUGUGCUACCGGGAGCUGCCGAGGCGCUUGGCGCAGAAAACAACGUCAAUAUUGCCAAGUUGUCUUGGCUGAGCAAGAAAGAAUCGGGAAAAGCAUACGGAUCGAUGGUGGUAUAUGUCACCAAGGAGAGCGACGCCAGACGGCUCGUUGACGGCCACUACUUCGACAUAGCCGGCGAAUCGGCUACCACGAACGUCUUCGAGCGACGCUCCGGACCAGUGCAAUGUUAUAACUGCCAGGCCAUCGGGCAUAAAUCAUUCCAAUGCAAGAAUGCACAAGCGAGCAUGGUGCUGGACGCAGAAGGGACUGUGCUACCGGGAGCUGCCGAGGCGCUUGGCGCAGAAAACAACGUCAAUAUUGCCAAGUUGUCUUGGCUGAGCAAGAAAGAAUCGGGAAAAGCAUACGGAUCGAUGGUGGUAUAUGUCACCAAGGAGAGCGACGCCAGACGGCUCGUUGACGGCCACUACUUCGACAUAGCCGGCGAAUCGGCUACCACGAACGUCUUCGAGCGACGCUCCGGACCACUCAAUGUGCAAAAGCGAGAGCCGGUUCAGCAAAGCUUGAUGAACGAUGAAACACUCAAAGACUACGGAGUGUUGGCGGUAUCCGAGCCGUAUGCAAGGCUAGUGGACGACAAGAUCGUUACGAGCCCGAUGUGGCAUAACAACUGGACGAAGAUGAUACCUACGCAGAAGCACGAUGCGCGCUGGCCGAUCCGAAGCAUGCUUUGGGUGCGGAGCGACAUCGAGGCAGAACAGCUGGCGGUCCCCUCAGCGGACCUUACGGCGGCGAUGCUUCGGCUGUCAGAGAGGGACAUUCUGGUCGUGUCGGUGUACGUGCAAGGAAAUAACGAGCAGAUACUGCUCUCUGCCAUGGAAACGCUGCAUGGCCUCAUUCGAUCAUUCCGCGACGGCACAGGCAGACGGACUGACGUGGUGCUGAUGGGAGACUUCAAUCGACACAACCUACUUUGGACGGGAGAUAAUGUUGCGACCGGGAGGCAGGGCGAGGCCGAACCGAUCGUCGACUUGAUGAGCGAACAUGGCCUGUGCAGCCUGCUCCCUAGAGGAACGAGGACGUGGCGGAGGCAAGACCAGGAAAGCACCAUUGACCUAGUGCUAGCGACGUCGGAGCUGGCGGACGAAAUGCUGACAUGCGCCCUGCACACGACCGAUCACGGGUCAGAUCAUCAGGCAAUCCAGACGACUUUCGAUGUCAGACUGCCAGAACGGAUCGUGACACCAAGGCUGCUGUUCAAGAACGCUCCGUGGAAUCGCAUACGGACAAGGGUGGAGGAGGUUCUCGCGCCGCUCCCGUGGACGUCAGACGUGCAGACUCAGACGGACCAGCUGAUGAGCGCUGUGACGGGCGCGGUCCAUGACAUGACGCCUCAGGCAAAGCCAUCACAGUAUGCGAAACGGUGGUGGACCGACGAUCUCACGCGGCUGCGCCGGACGUAUGCUUUCUGGCGCAACCAGGCCAGGGCGCGGCGGCGGGCGGCGAGCGCAUGUCCUGACCUAGAACGGCGAGCCAAAGAAGCAGCGAAGCAGUACCACGACGCCAUUCGGAACCAAAGGAAGUCACACUGGGACGAGUUUCUGGCGGAGGACACCAACAUUUGGAAGGCAGCCAAGUAUCUGGAACCUGGCAAGGGCGCUAUGAGCGACAAGGUGCCGCCGCUGAGGAGGGUGGAUGGUACGACCACCACCAAUAGGGCGGAACAAUCAGAGCACCUACUCGAGACAUUCUUUCCUCCCCUACCCGCAGAGAUUGGCGAUGAAGGCGAGCGGCCCCGGCGGGAGGCACUGGCCCUGCCGCCCUUAACUAUGGAGGAGAUUGAGGUCAAAGUUAUGGCAGCGAAGCCGUGGAGAGCAGCCGGGGCCGACGGCCUCCCAGCGAUGGUGUGGAGACAGCUCUGGCCAGUAGUGAAACACCGUGUUCUGGCGCUCUUCCAGGCCUCGCUCCGACAUGGCGUUGUGCCCCAUCAGUGGAGGACAGCGAAGAUCAUCCCAUUGAAGAAGCCGGAGAAAGGCGACUACACAGUGGCGAGGGCGUGGCGACCGAUAUCACUGCUGUCGACACUAGGCAAGGUCAUGGAAGCGGUCAUCGCGGAGCGCAUAUCAUACAUGGUGGAGACCCACGGGCUCCUUCCUGCGAACCACUUCGGAGCGCGAAAACGACGGUCGGCCGAGCAGGCGCUCCUCCUGCUGCAGGAGCACAUAUGUAACGCGUGGAGAGUCCGAAAGGUGCUAAGCCUGGUGAGUUUCGAUGUCAAAGGCGCUUAUAACGGAGUGUGCAAGGAGCGACUACUCGACAGAAUGAGGGCAAGAGGGAUACCCAUGAGGAUAGUGAAAUGGGUCGACGCCUUUUGCUCCGCGCGAACGGCUUCGAUCGUCGUCAACGGGCACACGUCGGAACUCCGGCAGUUGCCCCAGGCUGGCCUGCCGCAAGGGUCACCGCUGUCGCCGGUCCUCUUUCUGUUCUUCAACGCGGACUUAGUGCAGCGAAGGAUCAAGGCGGCAGGCGGAUCCAUCGCGUUCAUUGACGACUAUUCGGCUUGGGUGACCGGACCGACCGCGGAGGCGAACCGGAUAGGCAUCCAGACUAUCAUUGACGAAGCACUCGGCUGGGCGAAACGCAGCGGCGCGACUUUCGAGGCUGACAAGACGGCGAUCAUUCACUUCACGCGCACCAAGGCGAGGAGCAGUGACGCAUCGUUCUGGAUUGAAGGGCUUCAAGUCAAGCCCAAAGAUAGCGCGAAAAUCCUGGGGGUGAUCAUGGACGCGGGCUUGCGGUACCGGGAGCACGUGGCCAGCGCUGCUGCGAAAGGGCUCACCGCCGCCAUGGGCCUGAAGAGGCUGAGGAUGCUGUCGCCGGGGGUGGCGAGGCAGCUGUUCAAGGCGACGGUCGCCCCGGCGAUGGACUACGCGUCGAAUGUCUGGAUGCACGCGCGGCGGGUGGAAGACACUCGCUGGCUGAACAAGGCACAGCGGAUUGGUGCUCAGGCCAUCACGGGCGUGUUUCGGACUGUCGCAACUGCUGUCUCCAAGGCCGAGGCCAGUAUUCAAUCGGUUGAGGAGCGGCACAGGCAGGCCGCGACGAGGCUCUGCGUCAACUUGCGGACGCUUCCAAAGACCCACCCGCUAACGACGUUGAAGAACAAAACAAGCAAGCGCUACCCUUCGCCACUGUAUGGCAUUACUACAAUGGUCAGCAAAAGGCCCACGCCGCGGAUGGAAAUCAUUCACGAGUAUGCGUUACCACCAUGGACGACCCGUAUUCAACUGCUGCGCGAGGAUGUCCGUACACAAAUCGUCGAGGCACCAAGAGAUGUACAAGGCCUCAUCGUAGUAACGGCCGGUUCCCAGAAGAACAGCCGACUAGUAUGCUAA